ACCUGCACUAGCAACGCAACAAGCUAAGUGAAAUCGGCCACAGCCGCGGCACGUCAGAUGAAGCAAACCUCUUGAGUAGCUUCUCUUCGAGUCGAAUCUCUUCACACACGGUGGUCGCUCGAUGGAUGCUGCCGACCUCACUCGACUGCUGGCGCAGCCGGCGUCCGCAUUCAAGCCGCCUGAGACGGUCGACGACAGGACCUUCUCUGUUCAGUGGGCGAGCCGUUACCGAUUGAACGAAGAGCAGAUGCGGGCGUUCCAAAUCAUCUGCAGCCACUUGCUGAACCACUGCAAAGGCAACCAAAGACAAACUCUUAAACCACACAAUCAGGCAAACCGAUACGAACGAAGCGAAAAGCACAAGUGCAAUCGAAAAUAAGGACACACAAGUACACACAAGCAGUCCAAGGCAAUCAAACAAGCCGAGGCAAAACUCACAGACACAACACAAGCGGACGAGCACGCUGACAUAUACGCACACAGACAAGCACCAAAUACACACAUUGCUGCGCAGGAGACACGCAGCAAAGUGAAUACGGCAAGCAUCAAUCUGCCAGCUCACAGCCCCGAAGCGAGGCCGGUGUGGGGCCUAUAAGGCCCGUGACUUAUGAAGUCUUCUGGGAAAGCGCUGGCCCUUCGGGGCCCUCUGGCUGCUCACUGCGCGCGGCUAGACACCUGGAAAGCGUUGUACUCCAUCAGCUCGACCGACAAGAGCUGGCUCCAAUACUUGAUCAUGCUCUCACGCAAGACUCCAUCGUCAGUGGCGGGAAUUGUGGCUGAACGGGGUCUCCACUUGGCGAGCAUCUGAGGAAAUCCAUCGUUUUCUCUCCCCACCGGCCGAAUGUCCCGCAGCGAGGGGGACGAACCGAAAGCCGGCUGCGCGGGCGGUAGGGCCAU